AUGGCUGAGAUUGAUCAUACAUUCUCGUUCGGGGGCUCGCAACAUAAUCAGGGUCAGCAAGUAGUGCCAUUUCCUACCAAUAAAGGGUCUUUGAAAGUUUUGCUUCUACAUGGUAACUUAGAAAUAUGGGUUAAGGAGGCUAAAAACCUUCCUAACAUGGAUAUGUUUCAUAAGACUUUAGGGGAUAUGUUUUCGAAAUUCCCUGUGAAGCUCGGCAAUAAAAUUGAAGGGCACGUAGGUAAUAAGAUCACCAGUGAUCCAUAUGUCACUAUUUCUGUAUCUGGUGCUGUAAUUGGGAGGACUUUUGUGAUCAAGAAUGAUGAGAACCCGGUGUGGAUGCAGCAUUUUGAUAUUCCUGUUGCACAUCAUGCUGCGGAGUUGCAUUUUGUGGUCAAAGAUGAUGAUAUUGUUGGCUCACAGAUUAUGGGCGCUGUGGGGAUCCCGGUAGAGCAGUUAAUCUCAGGCACGAAAAUUGAGGGAAUGUUCCCUGUCCUUGGUUCUAAUGGGAAGCCCUGUAAGGCUGGAGCUGCAUUGAGUUUAUCAAUUCAGUUUACUCCAGUGGAGAAAAUGGCAAUUUAUGUGCAUGGAGUGCGCUCAGGUCCUGAUUAUUAUGGGGUUCCUGGCACAUAUUUUCCUCUGAGGAGAGGAGGUAAAGUUACUCUCUAUCAAGAUGCUCAUGUUCAUGAUGGUUGCCUUCCUGAUUUGAAGCUUGAUGAUCAUGUUCAGUAUGAGCAUAGAAGUUGCUGGGAUGACAUCUGUAAUGCUAUCAGCCAGGCUCGCCGAUUGAUAUACAUUACUGGAUGGUCUGUCUACUAUAAGGUUAAAUUGGUACGGGAUGGUAAUGACGGCAGAGAUCAUACAUUAGGAGAUCUUCUCAAGACCAAGUCUCAAGAAGGUGUUAGAGUGCUGCUUCUCGUAUGGGAUGAUCCUACCUCCAGGAGUAUUUUGGGAUUCAAAACAGAAGGGGUCAUGCAUACCAGUGAUGAGGAGACUCGCCGUUUUUUCAAGCGCUCAUCAGUGCAAGUGCUACUCUGCCCUCGUUCUGCUGGAAAGGGACACAGCUUUAUCAAAAAGCAGGAAGCUGAAACAAUCUAUACGCACCAUCAGAAAACGGUGAUAGUGGAUACUGAUGCAGGUCACUUCAGAAGAAAGAUUACAGCAUUUGUUGGAGGUCUUGAUUUAUGUAAUGGUCGAUAUGACACUCCACAGCAUCCACUUUUUAGGACAUUGCAGACGGUGCACAAAGAUGACUUUCGUAACCCUAAUUUCACGGAGCCAGCUGGUGCUGGUUGUCCAAGACAACCAUGGCAUGAUUUGCAUUGUCAAAUUGAUGGUCCAGCAGCCUAUGACAUCCUCACCAAUUUUGAAGAACGUUGGUUGAAGGCAUCGAAACCCCGUGGGAUGCAAAAAUUGAAGGCAUCAGUUGAUGAUGCAUUACUCAAGCUUGAAAGAAUUCCUGAAAUAUUGGGGAUAGCAGAACUUCCAUCCCUGACUGAGGAUGAUCCAGAGGCUUGGAAUGCUCAGGUUUUCCGUUCUAUUGAUUCCAAUUCUGUGAAAGGCUUUCCAGAUGACCCAAAAGAUGCAACAAGCAUGAACUUGGCUUGUGGGAAGAAUGUGAUUAUAGACAUGAGUAUACAUACAGCAUAUGUCAAUGCAAUCCGUGCUGCCCAACAUUUCAUCUACAUUGAGAACCAGUAUUUUCUUGGGUCAUCAUAUAAUUGGGAUUCUUACCAAGACUUAGGAGCAAACAACUUAAUACCCAUGGAAAUUGCUCUUAAAAUUGCUGACAAAAUAAGAGCAAACGAAAGGUUUUCUGCUUAUAUUCUUAUCCCAAUGUGGCCGGAAGGAGUUCCUACAAGCACACCAAUACAGAGGAUUCUCUUUUGGCAGCACAAAACGAUGCAAAUGAUGUAUGAAACAAUUUACAAGGCCUUGGUGGAGGUUGGGCUUGAAAAUACAUAUGAGCCACAAGACUAUUUAAAUUUCUUCUGCCUUGGCAAUCGCGAGGCAUUAGAUAGGGAGAAUGGUGUACAAAGUUCCACUCCUGCAACCACUCCUCAGGCUCGGAGUGAGAAGAGCAGACGCUUUAUGAUUUACAUUCAUUCCAAAGGAAUUAUAGUGGAUGACGAAUAUGUGAUAUUGGGAUCUGCAAACAUCAACCAGCGCUCUAUGGAGGGCACCAGAGACACUGAGAUAGCAAUGGGAGCAUAUCAGCCUCACCAUACCUUGGCAAGGAAACACUUUCGUCCGCAAGGGCAGGUCUAUGGAUAUAGAAUGUCGCUAUGGGCAGAACACAUAGGAGGACUUGAGGAGUGUUUUGAGCAACCAGAGACCAUUGAAUGUGUGAGACGUGUAAGGUCCCUUGGUGAACAGAAUUGGAGGCAGUACAUAGCUGAUGGGGUAACAGAAAUGAAGGGUCACCUUCUGAAGUAUCCAGUUGAAGUUGACAGAACAGGCAAGGUCAAGGCUCUCCCUGGCAGUGAAAAAUUCCCAGAUGUUGAUGGUAACAUUCUAGGGUCUUUUAUAGCCAUUCAAGAAAAUCUCACUAUUUGA